CUUGCCAUCCCCAAGACUUCCAAAGUGGAGCCUCUACCCCCAGCAGGUGCAAGCUCUCUUGUUUCCUCGCAGAACCACUGUCCCACUGCAGAUCCUGGUGUCCCAUUCUUUUCCAGUCUUCCAAACACUGCCCCUGCCCAGGGUGACAGCCGCUCAGCCAGCACAUCUGCAGCCUUGGCCACCCUGUCAGUGACUGACGUCUGGAACACCCCCCUGAAAAACACAUCCCUGCCUCGGCCUCUCCUCCCAGAGCCUGCUGCUAGCUGCAGUUGGAGCUCCUUCCCCUCUGCGCAGGUGACUAUGACACCUUCCAGUGGCAGCACAGCCUCAGCCAGGGAAGCCUCCACCCUGCCAGCCCUGAGGUUCUUCCGCAUGGCCACACACGAGAAAAAUCCUAUUGAGUCUGCAUCCAGCAACCAGCUCACAUUGGGGGCCACUGAUGGGCAGCAGCACGGACACACACCCCCUCCCGGCAUGCUCCAUUUUGGAGACCUGAAAGCUAUAACUCUGGGCCCAACCUCUACUUCAGGCCAGCUAGUAUUGAGUAGUACAACACAGGCAGCCCCUGGGGGUUCUUUACAUACAAAUAUGACCUCAGGGACUGGUGCCAGCAAUCAGAUGGUCUCCAGUGUCACCCAGAGUCUUUCCUCUCCUGGUACAUCCAUUGCCUCUGCCUCUGCCACCACCAUGGGGAUCCAUGACCUUGUCCAGCUGGUUUCCAGUGUCAUCCAAUGUCUUUCCUCUUCUGGUAUAUCCAUUGCCUCUGCCUCUCCAAUAGCCACCCAUAUGCCCAAUGCUAUGACCCACAUUCAGGAUAACAGGCAGCUCCAGUCAACACUGGUUAACAGAAGCCCGGACACAGGGACACUGGCAGUUUCAGCAACACCAAAUGGCUCUGAGAGGAAAGAGUUGCCCGCAGACUUUAUAAGCUCCUUUGAGGCACUGACCAUCUCUUCAACAAAAAGAGGGACCUCAAGUACCACACGUCACUAUGGAGGAAGCAUGGGCCUCAGCACUGGAGGCCCCGCUAGCCACAGCAGCCUUGUGGUGUCUAUGGGACCCAGCACUAUGAAAAACUCUGUGCAUGGAGACCACAGGGCCCCUGUUUUGAGUUCUGUUCCUACAAGCCCACUGAAGCAGAAGCGCUCAAAUUCAUCUGGGGAACCCAGUGACAUGACAAGCAAGGCUGCUUCAAAGUGCAAACCCAAGCCAGCCUCUAAGUUUGGCAUCCGGGCCACUCAUGAGGCCAAAGUCAGGAGGAAGCUUGUCUUUAGGGCCACCUCAUCAUCUGCCCAGGCCUCUGGACUCACGACUCCUGCAGCAGCCACUGAAUCCUCCUCCUGCAGCUCAGAACCCACUGUAGAUUCCAAGAGGCCAAAGAUGCCCUGAGAGAACAUCCAGUUCUACCAGGAUGUAUGUCAUGUGAGCCCUGUUUACCUGACAAACACAAAUCAUGUGCUGACCUCUUUGAUCCCGGCAAACUGGGGGUUCAGAAAAGCAGCCUUACAUUCCAACCCUCUUCCCUGCAGCUUUGUCCUCAAGGCCAUUGAGGAUGAGGCUGAGCUUCUACUUGUGGUCAGUGGUCAGUCCUCCCGACCACAGACAGAAGCUGUUGCUCUCUGGAUGAGACUUAUACUCUGAGCUAAUUAACCAUGUUUUUUUCUGACUUGGACGUGUUCUUUUCUAAGUCAUUCUUUCCUUCAGAUUAUCUUAAAUUCCAGCAUGCCUGGUCUGGUGGAUAAACAUACUAUGGUGAAUUGCAAAAUUUCCCCUUACUGGAGAAGACUUUCUUGUUGGCAGCAAGAAUGAUGAAACAGACAUGACUCACAUUCUUAUAUUAUUUUGCAACUACAGUUGCAAGUUUCCUUAUCAGAGAUAAGGAAAAUGGCACAUAAUGCCAUAUGCUCAGUUUUUAUGCUUUAAAACAGCCAGGACUCUUCUAAAUAUGACACUAAACAUACGGUGGAAAGACUUCAGGCACCGCAGGAGAGACCUCUGCUGGAUGACAAUAGAGAUGCCAAAGAAGAAGAGAGGAAGCUGCUAACAGCUUUAAACCCCACAUCUCCUCCUGAUCCUACCGGGGCUCUCUUCCCCUCAUUUGACUGUCCCUCCAGUCCCUGGAGCUGCCAACGCAUCAGGAAAAAUAGCCCUUGCUCAAUAUGAUGGUGAAUCUGAAAUGGUCUUCUCCUUUAAGACCAGUCAGGAUACUGAAUUUGUCCAGGGAAUCUACCCCAGUAGAGCAAGGCUAUUCUCCAUAAAACAAUAUUCAAUGGGAGGCAAAUGCUAAAUUCCCAAAGUCAGCCUAUAUGCCAUGGCUGAACCUAAAUUCACUUUUGACUUGUGGUUUGCUAAAUUGAAAAUCUCUAACCUUCCUCACUAUGAUGGUCCUCAGAAGGUGUGGGGGGGGGGGAAUUUUCUAGCAUCUUUGCCACCCACCACCCACUAGGGCAGAUAAACAGGCUUUGCUUCGGAUAAGGUUUACUGGGGAAAAGGAGUAUCUUAUCUUAAAUAAGGCUCAUGAGGAGUCUCAGAUCUGUCAUACCAGGCAGAAGUCCUCAAUAGUCUGAUCCAGAAGGAGCAAUGCCACUGGUGGAACCAAACUGGAAUCCACAGGAAAAGGACAGCAAGAUCCUACUGGGCUGUGACCAGAAGUAUAUCCUGGGAAGAAUCAGUGGACAAUAACUGAAUCAAAAAGAACCUUCCUACCGUUGGAUAAGGCUUUCCCAAGGACUGAAGAAUUUUCUGAUGUCUUAUGGAAAAACAGUGGCCAAAGUUUUGAGACUGUUACAAGUUAAUCAGG